AUGGAGAAGAUCAUCGAAGCAUCCAUAGUCCCAUGUCGAAACUCUGUUCACAGAUGCAAAGAAACAACCACAUACGGAUACCAAUCAAGCAGCCACGAGAAGCUCUGCGCUUACAUCCCAUGCUCUUGCCCAUUACCAAACUGCAACUACAUCGGCUCUUACACCGAUCUCAAAAGCCAUGCUCGUUCUUCGCACUCUCGAGACGAGGACUACCUCAUUCCCUUUGCGUUGAACCAAUCUUUGAUCUUUGGCAUUGACCUCAAGAAGAAAGAGAACGUGACUGUUUUUCAAGAAGAGAAGGAUGGUGAUUUGAUCGUGGUUCAAGGGUUUAAGAGAUCGCACGGUGCGUAUGUUACUGUGAGCUGUAUUUCUCCUUUGACUCCUGGAUUGCGCAACUUCUCUUGUAGUCUUGCUAAGCUCAAAGAGCAUGCGACGUUAAGGCUCGGAUUCAUGGUGAAGAAAAUCCAGAAAGUGGGAGUGCUGCAAGAAGGAGAAGAGCCCAAAGAUGGCUUCAUGUUGAUUCCGUCUUAUAUGUUGACUACUGAUCACUUGAAGAUGCAGAUUUGCAUUGGGAGUGAGUAUAAGUAUAUUCAUAUCUGA